AUGUAUCAAUUUGAUAAUAAAUGUGUAAAUCAUCCAAAUCUAGAUAUAUUAUUUCUAUGUACUUCAUGUGACAACUCACCAAUUUGUUGUAAAUGUGUUACAAGUUUUCAUAGAUCACACACAAUAGAUGAUAUUAAUUUAGAGAAUAGUAAACAAUUAUCAAAAGAAUUUAAACAGUUAAAUUUUAAGGAAUUAUUGAAAUCAACCGAAAAUAGGUCAAAUUUAAUUAAAGAAUCUGAUGAUUUCUUCAAAUCAAUUGAAAAUCAACAUUUAAAACAUAUACAAAUGAUAGAUAAUGAAUUUAGAAUCAUUCAUAAUCAAAUAUCAUUCAUUGAAAUGGAUUUAAAAAAACAAUUAAUUACCCUAUUAGAUGAUAAUAAAGAAACAAGUAUAAUGAUUAAAUCAAAAAUUGAUUCAAUUAAAUCAACAAUAGAUUCAAUAAUUAAUAAACAUAAAGAUACCAUCGAUCAAUAUGAUGAUGAUAAUUAUAUUGAAUCCAUUUUUAAAAAUCAAAAUCAAAAUAAUAAUAAUAAUAAUAAUAAUAAUAAUAAUAAUAAUAAUAAUAAUAAUAAUAAUAAUAAUAAUAAUAAUAAUAAUAAUAAUAAUAAUAAUAAUAAUAAUAAUAAUAAUAAUAAUAAUAAUGAUAUAAAUGAUAGAAUGGUAGAAAUAAUAAAACAUAGUAAUCAAUUGAAAUCAAUUUUAAAAUUAAAAGAUAAUGAAGAAUUAUUAUUAAUUGGGAAAUAUAAGGAUACUUCAUUAGUGUUCAAUAGGGGUUUGCUUGAUUCAUUAAAAGAUUCUUUUAAAACGAUUUAUACUAUUAAUACGAAAUUAAAGAGUUUUCAUUCAAAAGAAAAUAGUAAUUUUAGUAAUUUUCAAGAUAUUGAUAGUAUAAAUAAAAAUAAUGAAAUUGUAACAAAAAAUAAUAAUAGUAAUAAUGGCAGCACAGAUAAUACAUCAACUAAAUUAUUAACUAAACAAUUUGAAUAUGGUGGAAUGAUUGUUACAAUUUUUGAAAAUGGUAAAAGUUUACCAAGUGAUGUAAAUUCUUUAGCAUUGUCAGAUAAUUUGGUUAAUAUUAAGAUUUCAUUAAUUCCAAGAUCGAUUAAUAGAUUGUUUGUAUUGAAUGGAUUUAGUCAAACACUACUACCAAGUUUAAUGCCCCCAUUGAAAUAUAUAUUUUUAGGUGAAAUUGGUGAUAAUACACUGAUAGAGGGAUCAAUACCAAAUACUACCAUGGGUAUUAUAUUAUUGGAUGGUUUUAAUCAAUCUUUAACUACAUCAUCAUGUGACUCAAAUUCAAUCACACCUUUCUCAUCAAUGACAACCAAUAACACCAAAUCAUUAAUACCAAGUAGUGUAUGUUAUUUAUAUAUUGGAAAUAUUAAAACCACUUUAGACUAUUCAACUAUUCCAUCAACUGUUCGUCAUUUUUUUAAAACUGAAUCAACAAAUACUAUUUAUUUAAAAGGUUUUGAAAAUGUUUCUUUCAAAAAUUGUUUUAUACCUCCUUUCAAAUAUCUUUAUAAAUAA